GCGUGCGAGCGCUGAAGAGGACAAGAACUUUGUUUGAGUUGGUCCUUCAGCAAGGACACUGGUUACGUGAAAAAGAAAACAAAACGCAAGCUAGGUUUGGAAAUGACAGGAAGUGACACGUUCUAGGGAGCGAAAGAGUGGAAGUUCUGCGAGUGAGCAAUGCCAGCAGUGAAGUCUAAAAGCAGAGCUUUUUACGGAAUAAUGAAUUCUCUACACAGAACCUGAAGAACCCGGUGUGUGUGUGUGGAAUAAACCCAGAAUUCAAUGGAAAUCAGAGAGGAUAUGAGCGAACAGCUCCUGAGCUGGAGCAAGCAGGACGGAGAUCCCUUCAAAAACCAACAGCAGGCUGACGGAGGCUGCGGAGCCAACGACUUCAGCAGCGUCUACGGAAAAGAGCUCCUUCCUGCAGAGAAUGGCGAGGAACUGACCAAACACUUCCUGCAAGAGCUACUGAACAUCCUGCUGGCGUACAUCAGCAAGUCCAUGAACCGCAGCACCAAAGUGCUGGACUUCCACCAUCCGCACCAGUUAAAGGACGGACUGGAGGGCUUCAGUCUGGAGCUGCCUGAGCAACCAGACAACCUCGAGCAGCUGCUGGUGGACUGCAGGAACACGCUGAAAUAUGGAGUUAAAACAGGUCAUCCACGAUUCCUCAACCAGCUCUCAAGUGGACUGGACAUCAUAGGACUGGCAGGAGAAUGGCUCACGUCAACAGCAAACACAAACAUCUUCACCUUUGAGGUUGCUCCAGUGUUUAUCCUUAUGGAGGAAGUCCUUCUGAAGAAAAUGCACUCCAUCAUCGGCUGGUCUGAAGAGGAAGGAGAUGGAAUCUUCUGCCCGGGUGGUACGAUCUCGAACCUCUACAGCAUCCUGCUGGCCAGGUUUCACUACUUCCCCAAAGUCAAGACUGAAGGCAUGCAUGCGCUACCUCGCCUCGCCCUGUUUACGUCCUCACACAGCCAUUAUUCGAUCAAGAAGUCCGCGGCGGUUCUCGGGAUCGGCACUGAAAACGUCAUCGCUGUGAAGUGUGACGAAAGGGGCAAAAUGAUCCCAGCAGAACUGGAAUCCAGCAUCACGGCAGCAAAGGCUAAGGGUCUGGUACCGUUGUACGUAAACGCCACAGCAGGAACCACAGUCUACGGAGCCUUCGAUCCGUUCACGGACAUCGCGAACAUCUGUGAAAAACGCGGCCUGUGGAUGCAUGUCGAUGCAGCUUGGGGAGGAGGAUUACUGCUGUCCAAGAAACACAAGAUCAAACUGCAGGGCAUUGAGAAGGCUUCUUCCAUCACCUGGAAUCCUCACAAGAUGAUGGGCGCGCCACUGCAGUGUUCCGCCAUCCUGGUGCGACAGAAGGGUCUACUGGAGGAGUGCAACAAGCAGUGUGCCGAGUAUCUCUUCCAGACUGACAAGCAGUACGAUAUGUCUUACGACACCGGAGACAAGACCAUCCAGUGUGGGAGACACGUCGACGUCUUUAAGCUCUGGCUCAUGUGGAAGGCUAAGGGAUCAGAAGGUUUCGAACUGCAGAUCAACCACUGCCUGGAGAACGCUGAGUAUCUUUACUACAAGCUGAAGAGCAGGACAGAUUUCCAACUGGUUUUCCCAAGCAAACCUGAACAUAGUAACGUCUGCUUCUGGUACUUGCCGAGCCGAGUGAGGAACAUGACCCCAGGUCCUGAUCGAGACAGAGAACUACAUUCGAUCACCCCAAAGAUCAAAGCCAAGCUGAUGGAAAAGGGCGUGGCCAUGAUCGGCUACCAGCCUCUUGAAGAUAAGCCUAACUUCUUCCGCUGCGUCUUCUCCAACCCGGCCACGCAGAAGCAGGACGUGGACUUCCUCCUGGAUGAGAUCGCCUGCCUCGGAGCUGAGCUUUAAGCGGACCUGAGGCUCGCUAGACAGUUUAUGGCCUAUGGAACAUUAUUCUCAGUGUAGAUUAGAAUUUAAAAGUUUUUAUUUGUAGCAAACAAAUUUGCACGACUUGUAAAAGUUUUAUGCUGUUUAUUUCCUGGGAAUGCUAGCCUAUUCAGUCUGAGAGAGUGUAACAUAAUUAAGAACACAGUGUGGAUAUGAAUAUAUCUUUUUUAUUAGUAUGCAUCAAUUUCUGCUCCUAAAAUGUGAUCUGAAUUCAACUGCUGCAAUUCAUUAGCUACCUGAUAUUAACUAGCUAACGAUAUUAGACACUUUAAGGCACAUAGCCACUUUAAGGCAAGCCUGGAAUGCUAGAGCAGAUAUUAUAAUAAUCUAGGGGAUGUAGCAUGACAUACAGCUACACUUAGCAUUGCAUGUGUGUCACUUUAAACCCUGAGAAAUACCUCAGAGCGACGCUUUAGUUUACUGAGAAACUCGUACAGCUUUAAGGCCCCUAUGUGCACUUUUCAGGAAGUAGCGCACUAUAGUAAGCAUCAUAGAUUACAUCUGCUAACUCCUUGUUAGCCGAUUAGUUAAUAGCGUAUGUUAGUGUGUAAGUUUCUUUGUGGGUUCUGUUACAGGAGGAAGAUAACCAUAAUGAGUUAAAUGCUAAACCUAGCGAUUAUCCUUUCAUAUCUUUCUCAUAUGGACUCGCAAAACUUCAGAGAAACCGUUCGUGUUUCCAGCUGGGUUUUCAGUGUGAUAGUUUAAGGGAUUGUGGUGUUCUUGAUAGUGGUCCUGAUAGUUUAUUUAUUAUUAUUAUUCUGGUGCUAGUCAUCUACUCAUGGGUUCCAGCUGUGUUUAGUAGUAACCAGAAAAUCUAAAAUGAUUUUUAAAAACUCAGCCUUUAUAAUUCUAUCUAUAAUAUAAUGUUAAAAAUGAAAUGUUCACCUGAAAUGUGAAUACUUGUGCUGAAAGUAAUGUAAGAAUGGUUUUGGUCUAUAAAAAUAUGUUGCAAAUAUAUAGCGCAAUUCAGCGGUGAACUUGAAAGAUAAAGAAGAAACAAAAUACUUUCUUAGGCUUAACAUUGUUUGGGGGGAAUAAUUUCAAAUCAUUUUGUGUUG